ACUGAUAGUUUUAUUCACAAUUGUUGAUAAUAGCUUUCAUUUACAUAGGUUUCCGCGCAAUUUCAUUGGUAUCAGAGUUAGUCAUGCAGCUGAAUGUGGAUCUUGACUCAUUAUUGCAGCAGCUUUACACCCAGAGAUCCAGAAUUGAAGCAGAUUCACGUUUGAAACAAACUGAACUGUCACAGGAGUCUCAAUCUAAAUUCCUCGAUUGCUUACAAAGAUCAAGACACUCUGCCAUCUCCAUCAACUCAGGCUCCCUUUAUCUCUCACAACUACAAAGAAGAGAAGUCAACGAUUUACCACUCAGACCAGAGGAACAGCUAAAACGGCCACCUACAAACCUCCAACUGACUGACUCCCAUUUCGCGUCCAACAGUUCUGCGGCAAGGAAGAAGGCCCGUAAACCCCGGACGAUCUUCACAGCACGACAACUCCUAGAACUGGAAAGAAGAUUCGAGAGUCAGAAGUAUCUGACCUCGACUGAAAGAUCAUGCCUGGCUUUUAUACUAGGACUCUCUGACGAGCAGAUAAAAGUAUGGUUUCAAAACCGAAGGUCGAAAUGGAAGAGAGGGCCAGGGAGAACUGAGAGGAAUCCCAACAGCAGCGGGGAGACGAGCACUAUUUCAACAGAACAAACUUCAAACUUGCCAGCGCCACAGUUAAAAAACAUUUCACAGCCACCAAUAAACUCUCUACCCCUGCUUAGCCCUUUUUUACUUCCUUUCUUGAACAUGAGCGAAUCAUAUUACAAGUGAACGUGAAGUGGUUAUUUUAGCAUUGAAUGUUCAAAUGCAGGCUGCUGAGUGUGGAUAUUGGGCGUGUUUUA